AACAUGAGUGGAAGAGGCAAGGGAGGAAAGGGACUCGGUAAAGGAGGCGCCAAGCGUCACCGUAAAGUUCUCCGUGAUAACAUCCAGGGAAUCACCAAACCCGCCAUCCGCCGUCUGGCUCGCCGCGGUGGUGUCAAGCGUAUCUCCGGUCUGAUCUACGAGGAGACCCGCGGUGUGUUGAAGGUCUUCCUGGAGAAUGUCAUCCGUGAUGCCGUCACCUACACCGAGCACGCCAAGAGAAAGACCGUGACAGCCAUGGAUGUGGUUUAUGCUCUCAAGAGGCAGGGACGCACUCUAGAGACAGCUCUCUUUAUCAGAAGUAAACGACAAGCAAUGGCAAGAACCAAGCAAACCGCCCGUAAAUCCACCGGAGGCAAAGCCCCCAGGAAGCAGCUGGCCACCAAGGCUGCCCGUAAGAGCGCCCCGGCCACCGGUGGAGUGAAGAAGCCCCAUCGUUACAGGCCCGGUACCGUGGCUCUCAGAGAGAUCCGUCGUUACCAGAAAUCCACCGAGCUGCUGAUCCGCAAGCUGCCCUUCCAGCGUCUGGUCAGAGAAAUCGCUCAGGACUUCAAGACCGACCUCCGCUUCCAGAGCUCUGCUGUCAUGGCUCUGCAGGAGGCCAGCGAGGCUUACCUGGUCGGUCUGUUCGAGGACACCAACCUAGCAGUACCAGUAAACAUGAGUGGAAGAGGCAAGGGAGGAAAGGGACUCGGAAAAGGAGGCGCCAAGCGUCACCGUAAAGUUCUCCGUGAUAACAUCCAGGGCAUCACCAAACCCGCCAUCCGCCGUCUGGCUCGCCGCGGUGGUGUCAAGCGUAUCUCCGGUCUGAUCUACGAGGAGACCCGCGGUGUGUUGAAGGUCUUCCUGGAGAAUGUCAUCCGUGAUGCCGUCACCUACACCGAGCACGCCAAGAGAAAGACCGUGACCGCUAUGGAUGUGGUUUAUGCUCUCAAGAGGCAGGGACGCACCCUGUACGGUUUCGGAGGUUAA